CAUCUGUAAUUAGUCCGUUAAAUUGUGUAAAAAUAAUGAAUAGCUUUCAAUCCCUAUUAACGUUUCUUAGUACUGUUUUUCAAGAGCUAUUUUUGAUCCAUAUCGCUGCUAAAGCAGCAACGCGCAGCGAUAUCACGUGGUAGCUGUUACUUUUCUCUUCGUUCCAGACCGUUGACCAAUCACAAUCGUUUACGAUUACAUAUUAUUGUAUUUUGUUUAAUCUUUUUUUCAGAUAUUGCUCUGCUGAAUACUCGAUAUUUUAACAUAUACUAAUCUUUGUAAUUGGUUUAUUUAUAAAAUUAUACUUAUAACUGCGCAAACGUCUCCAAUAAGACAAAAAACGUAUUGAGAUUUGAAUGCGUCUCAAUGGAGAAUCAGCCUUUCUGGGCCACUUAGCGCCCCUUGCAGUGAUGAACCGGGAUUUUUCCACAGGAAACAGUUUUUAGUGCCAGUUGUCGCCCAAUGAGUGAAUACUACAGAAGUGACGCAUGACAGCGAGUCUUUGAACUAUAUAAUCCAUUUGAAAGUUUCUCGCCACGCAAACGGGCUGCGUUUCACUUGCACAUGAAUGCAGUUAAAGGAGAAAGCUUCGUGACGCUUGAAUGAGAGUUACUGUUGUUGCUGCCGCUGCCGCGCUUUACUUGCGUAUUGUCUCAAUAGAGCAUCAGUGUUCGCGCCUUCACAGCUUCACAGUGAUUUAACUCAUCAGGAUGGUUGUGUUGAAGAGUUUGCAUCCACCCAGCGAGGGCGUGAGGCUCCAGCAGGCCGACACAACCGCAGUUCUGGACGGGAAGAGGCUGGGAGCAGGAACGCUGUUUGUGGCUGAGGCACAUCUGUCCUGGUUUGAUGGUUCAGGGAUGGGUUUCUGUCUUGAAUACCCCUCCAUCAGUCUGCAUGCGAUCUCACGAGAUCUCGGCGCCUUUCCAGAAGAGCACCUGUAUGUGAUGGUCAAUGCAAAACUGGACGAUGAAGCUGAAGCAGAGCAGCUGGAUAAAGCUUCGGAUGAUGCAGGAGAGGACGAUGAGGAGAGCGACAGCGACAGCGAAGACUCAGGAACCAUCACAGAGAUCCGCUUCGUGCCCAGUGAUAAAGCCGCAUUGGAGCCCAUGUUCUCCGCCAUGUGUGACUGUCAGGCCCUGCACCCCGACCCCGAUGACGCCGACACCGAUGAUGACGAUUAUGAGGGAGAGGAGUAUGACGUCGAAGAGGCUGAGCAAGAGCAGGGUCAGGGUCAGGUCGAAGUCCCCACGUUUUACACCUAUGAAGAGGGUUUGUCUCACCUGACGGCCGAGGGUCAGGCCACACUGGACAGGCUGGAGGGGAUGCUGGCCCAGUCCGUCGCACAGCAGUACCACAUGGCUGGAGUCAGAACCGACGUGCCGUCGGCCGAAUUUGAAGAUGGAAUGGAAGUCGACUCGAGCACAAUUGCUGGACAGUUUGACGACGCCGAUGUGGAUCACUGUAACUGAAUGCUAUUUUUAAUAGUUUGUUUUAAUUGACAAAAACAACACUUUUUGGACAGAAACUGAUGAAAGUUGACAGUGAGAACUGACCAGCCAACUUUCAUUCGCACACUUCAAGAAAUAAUUCAUACAUAAAAUACAUAAAAGCU